AUGCUAAAUAUAGACAUAGAGAAUAGGAAAAUUAUAUCCAAUGCAAAUAGAGUUAAGACUAGUAAAUAUAAUUUCAUAACAUUCCUUCCUCACAACCUAUUUGACCAGCUUUCUAAACCCUCAACCUUUUACUUUUUUGUGACACUUUGUUUACAAUUUAUACCAUCAAUUAGUCCCUUCGAACCUUGGGAUUAUUUACUUGCAUUUUCAAUAGUUGUUGGCACAUCAAUGAUAAAGGAUGGGCUUGAAGACUAUCAAAGACACAUUGAAGAUCAUGCACUUAAUUCCAGAAGAACCAACUUAAUUUUGAAAGAUUUAAAGUUGGAAGAAACAUCAGUAGAAAAAUUAAACUCAGGAGAUAUAGUAUUGUUUGAAAAGAAUGAACAGAUAUCUGCUGAUGUAAUUCUUUUGAAAGGAUAUGAAUUAAACCGGGAAACAAACAAAUUUGAAUGUAUUAAUCAUUGUUUUAUUGAAACUAGUAAUCUUGAUGGAGAAACCAAUCUAAAGAAGAAAGCUGCAUUAGUUAAUGAAAAUGACCAUAAAGCUUUAGAUGAUUUUAGGUGUGAUUGUAUAAGAAAUUAUAAAAAAAACAUUAAAUCAAUUGCUAUUGAAGAACCUAAUGAUUCUUUUACUGAAUUUGAUUGUAAAAUAGAGAUUAACCAAGAUCAAAGAAAGGAUAUUAAAGUAGGUAGUGUAAAAAACGCAAUAUUAAGAGGAUCAAUAUUAAAGAAUACUUCAUUGAUAGCCUGUUUAGUAAUUAAUGUAGGUAAUCACACUAAACAAGCAAUGAGUAUUAACACCGAUAAGAAAAGCACCAGUGUAUUUGAACAGAAGAUCAAUUGGACAUUGGGAUUAGUCUUUGGUAUUUACGCAGUUAUGUUGUUUUCAACUACUGGUUACGGUGCUUAUUAUAAUAGUAAUUUAAGUACAUUUGAGAUUAUUAAGUUUAUGGCUUCAUCUUAUAUUUUAUAUUCCUAUUUAGUACCAUUAUCAUUAUUUUUAAUGAUUGAAAUAUGUAAGAUAUAUCAUGCAUAUAUAAUUUCAAUAGAUAAAGAUAUGUUUAGAGAUUUAGAUGGUACUAAUGUGAAUAGUAGAUGUAGAAACACGGCAGUAAUUGAGGAUUUGGGAUCAAUUGAUUACAUACUGACUGAUAAAACAGGAACUUUAACAGAAAAUUCAAUGACCUUAAAACUACUUCAUAAUUUCACUACAGGACAAAAGAAUAUAUCUAACCUUCUUGAAGAAAUUAUCACUAGUAACAUUAAUAAUUUAAGUGGUGAAAAUAGGGAAAAAGAAUUGUUUUUAUUAAACAUGCUUAUUUGUAAUUCAGUGGAAAUAUACAAUGAUAACUAUGAAGGGAUAAGUCAAGAAGAACUAUCAAUUUUAAAUUUAUUAAAAGAACAUGGAUAUUUUUUUGAGAGUAGAACACCUGAAAAAAUUAUAUUGAAUCUUAAUGGGGCUAAACUGAAAGUUUAUAUUCUAAGUAAUUUAGACUUUAGUUCAAAAAGACAAAGACAAAGUAUAAUUUGUAAAAUCAAUGGAAAAAUAUUGUUAUUUACAAAAGGUAGUGAUCAAAAGUUAUUAGCCGAUUCUAUUGAUAAAAGUGAGGAUAUUGCUGAUUUAGAUAAAAAAGCAAAAGAUUAUAUUAAUAAUGUCAAUGAGUAUAGAACGUUAGUUUUUAAAUACAAAAUACUUAGUAAAGAAGAAUAUGAUGAGUUUAAAACUAAUAAACAAAUAGCUAUCAACCUAUUAAAUAACCACUCAAUGAAAAUUAGUAGUAAUGAAAAACUCAAAGGUAAAUAUGAAAAAUACAAUAAUUUAGAAUUAUUAGAUGAUGUAGAUGAUGCUUUUUACAAGGAAAUUGAAACAAAUACAAUAUACGUAGGUUCGAGUCUAAUUGAAGACAAAUUAAGUGAAAAUAUUCAUUCAACUUUAACUAUGUUAAGAUCUAGUUCAAUUAAGUUGUGGAUGAUAACAGGAGAUAAGAAAGAAACAGGAGUAGCAUGUGCAAUUAACUCUGGUUUAGCCGAUAACAAUGAUUUCUUUUCAAUGGAAGGACAACAGCUUGUUAAUAGACUUGAAAACAAGGAAGAUCUUGAUGAAAUCUUUAGAAUAAGUUCAAUUGUUGUUUAUAGAGCCACACCUGCUCAAAAAGGAAAGAUAGCUAAAAUCUUACGAAAUUUAGAUAAGAAGAUACUCGCUAUUGGAGAUGGAAAUAAUGAUGUUGCAAUGUUGAAAAUUGCUCAUGUUGGUGUGGGUAUUAUUGGUAAAGAGGGGAGACAGGCUGUUCUUAAUUCAGAUUUUGCACUACCGACAUUUUCUUGUUUAAGAAGGCUCAUCUUGUAUCAUGGAAGAUUCAAUUUGUUAAGAUACUCUAAGAUAGUUACUAAUUCAUUCUACAAGAAUCUUUUCUUUAUAAUAAUUCAAUAUCUUUAUAACUUCUAUAAUGGAGGAACGGGAUAUCCAUUUUAUAAAGAUUCUUUUAUGAAUUACUACAACCUGAUUUAUACUUCAAUGAUUCCGAUGUCAAUUGGAUUUUUUGAAAGAGAUAAAGAAAUUUUUAAAAGCAGCAAUGGAAUUUAUUGGGAAACUAUAGAAGAGGAAAGAGCAGCACAAGAGUAUGAUUUCCAUGCUGUUAAAACGUAUAAACACAUACAGGCUUAUUUUACUAAACCAAUUAUUCUUGCUCAUAUCAUAGGUGGUGUUUUACAAUCAAUCAUUCUAUUCUUUAGUAUAAGAUUUAUGUUUAAUGAUGGAAUAUCUAAUAGUUCUGGUAAAAUGUUACAAUCACCAGGAGAAUCAAUUAUCAUAUCAACUAUAAUCUUUUUAUCAGUAAUUAACUCACAAUACAGGAUCAUUUCUUUUAUUAACAAAUAUUCUUAUAUUGCAGUCUUUCUUUCAUUUUUCUUUGCUAUAUUCUUUACAUUUGGAUUGAAUGGUAUUGAUUUCUUACACAUGAACAUAUUUGAAAGUGAAAUAGUUCCUAAGGUUUUUACUAAUGUGUUUACUUAUUUUAUAUUAGCAGGUGGUCUUAUCUUAACAUAUUCACUUGACACCUUAUUUUUACUGUAUAUUGAUAACAGAAUUAAAAAGAUGCAACAGUCAUAUAAGUAA